UCAACCGGCCUCCCCGCCUUGAAGAUGAUAAGAGUAUAAAGUUAUCUAAAUGCAGUAUGAAAGUGUAUCUCCUGUGUUCCUCUCGAGCAGCCUCUAUCGCUUGCGUUGUUAUAGUAACGGUUGGGGCGAUUGGGCUAGAUAAAUAUCUUCUCGUAGUGUGUGUGGAUCUAUGCGGGUACUACGGGUGCGGCUAAAUGUCCAAUCAAGGGGAGGUCGGGUGUCCGAGAGUGUCCAGUCUUGAAUCAUCGUUUCCAGCCUCUGUUUUUCAGCACAACGAUAGUUGUAGUCGAUAGGAUUCUGAACCAGAGUUCUCAUUGUAGGUCUCAUCCGUAGGAUUCCCCUUUAGCAUCCACAAUGGCGCAUAGUGAUGCUCUUACACAACUUAGAGAUAUCCAGCAACGCUUGAGCACUUGCAUAGCUAUUCCCACGGCUGAUGCAGUACCAUCAUAUCUCCAUCUUCCAGCGACCAGAUGGCAUAACAAACUCGUCGUAUUGCUUGGAGUAGUGUUUCUAUGUGGCUGCUAUCCUCUGGGAGCAGGAGUUCAUCCGCAUCCCACUCCUUUGCAUCCAUUUCCGCCUUCUUCUGACACUUGUGAACCAUUUAUGCUCGAAGGCAAUAAUCGAAUUGAGCUCAGAAGGAUGCCCUACCUACUGCACCCUUACCACAGCUGGCAGCGACACAACGACGAUCACCUCCAUGCUUAGUGCAAUGCAGAAAACUAUUGCGAGCACUCUGCGCUAUUGCGUUGCCAGCACGCUGCAGGGAUCGGCACUCAGCAAACAUACACCUCAGAUCAGUC